AUUAUCGAGAAUGAUUUCAUGUUAAGUUCAUAUUAACCUUCGUCGUAAGUAAGCGAUUGCAUAAGUUUAUCGAUUUCAUCCAAUCUGGACUUUCUCCCGGAACGCAAACUUUCUCAUCUCAUCUCCAGGCUGAAAACAGGUUGUUGUUGUUUCGCCACAAAGUUCAUCAUGAAUUCGCUAAUUUCCAAACUGAGGUCACUGUCGAGGAGGCGGAAAUUGUCCCCAGAAGAGAAAUCAUUGUUGGCCAGGAUUAUGAGCAAUCCUUUGUUGGUCAGCCACAUUCUUCGAUUUUUGGACAAUGCAACGCUGAAGACGGCUCGACUGGUGUGCAAGACCUGGGCGAAGGAGGGCGCCAUUCAGAUGAGUGGGGUCCGAAUUCGUCUCCAACCUCCGUACGACAUGCGGCUCUCGCAGGAGUUUUCCACAUUUUUGGCCGAGUAUCGCAUCCCCCACACGCUCUUCCUCUCCUUCACGUCCGCAGCCUGGGCCUUCAACCAACGUUAUGAGGAUCCCUUAGGUCUUCACCUUCAGUUGAACCAUUACUACGCACCAAGAACGGUAGGCGAGAACGAGAAACAGCUGGUCCACAACUACUUGAGAUCGACAUUCGCAUGGGUGGCAGAGUUGCGGCUGGAAAUCCAUCUCAACAAUCAGCAAGACGCCACGUUUCUGAUGAAGCUACUCUCUAGGUUGACCUGCAUGAAAAAGCUGUCGCUCGACUUUGUCAACUUUGGGGCGGACGGGUUGAAGGCAGUGACGUGUGAGAACCUGUUGCCCCCUUCGGUGCAAAGCAUGGGACUCCGAUGUCAUCAUGGGUCAUCAUCGUACUACUCAAAACUGACGUUUUCUGGAUGCAUGCAGUUCAUGAAGGCGUGUUGUCGCUCGAACUUGGCCUGUCUUGACCUGAUCGGGUGGCAGCAAGACCACUCGAUCGAGGAGAAGGGCAAAAUCCAUUGGUUGGAGGCUCUCACCGUCCUCUGCAGAAAUGACAAGCUUGCAUUCCAAAGGUUGACCGGGUUGCGACAAACGAUCCACUUCAAAACUGAAGUGCUCCACCUGCUCAGCCUCCAGCGACGUCUCACUCACCUCUACGCAUUCUGCCAUCAGUGGCCCUUCCACGGGGGAGUGAGCAGAAUGAAGAACGUGGCCCCACUCAUCACCAGGAACUCUGCCACCCUCCACGUUCUCGACUUGUACUGGUUCGUGGACAAAGCAAUUGGCGAGUUCCAUUCGAGCGUCACUUUGCCAUUCCUUCCCCUCCUCAGCAGAUUGAUCUUCACGUGCGGGGCUCAGCUCAAGUGGGACGGGUGGACCAUGGAAAUGUUCGAUGUGCUCGACAUAAGGAACACACUUUUGGGUGGGCCGGAAAGAGUUGCCCUGCUUCUUCCCUCUCUGACGACCAUUUGCAUGUUUUUGUUCCGAGAAGAUGGUUUGACAAUUUGGAAAUACUUGUUCCCGCAAACAAACCGGAAGGGGUUUCCACUCACCUUUCGUCAGAUUCACUUUCUCGGCGUGUCUCUCGUUGCAGAAUGCGACUCGUCUGAAAUUCGGUGGUUUUAUACCCUGUUCCCUUCACUCAAAUUGUUUCGGCAUGUCAAGAGAGAAGGCAACAACGCUUUUGCUGGAUGUGAACAUCGUUUAGAGCACGGGCACAGCUACAGCACGUCAAAAUUGGGCUGUGCUUUGAGUCGGAAGGACCACUUGGACUAUGCUUGGCGAAUGGGGUAUCAACUCCGGUGGACAAAGAAUGACCCCUGCUUGUGGUACUAAAAAGUAGUUUCGAUCUGGAGAAAACUUGAUAAUACGGCAAAUUUUACCAAUUUUACUCUGUCAGAUCAGAAUCACUAAAGAAUGAACAAAUUUACAUGUACAUGCAUAUUUACAUGUUUCUACAUAUACGUACAAUCUCAUGUGAACGAAUGAAUGUGAUAUCAUACAAGAAUUAUUAUUAAUAUGGCAAGAAUUAUUAUUUUUACAUGUUUAGGAUAAUACAAACUCCCUGGAACGACGGUACAAUGCACAACGUACAAAAAUUAUAUCGUUAUCUGACAAUAUAAUUUAGGGUUAUUUCUUACCGAGAUUUCUCCUGGAUUUCUGUCGAAACACAAAUUUCUUAUGUGUACUUUUGGUAAGACUUUUUACUCGAGGUUAAACAAUCAAGGUGGGACAGAACUCGUGUCCACAUUUAGAUGAGAUUUAGUUGAGAUUGUACAGGUUUAAUUACGUAUGAAAUGAAAUCGAGUGCUUUUAAACCCUGAAAAGUGAUGAAUGUUGAUAUAUACUUAAGAAUCUUAAGUUAAGAUGUACUAUGAAUGUGUUAUGCAGGUGAUGAAUCAUGAUGGAACUUUUCUGUUGAAGUGUCCAGUGUAAAACGCUUUAAUCAGAUCUGAAGAUAUUUAUAGUGUAUUUUCGAACCAAUGUCACUAAUUCUCCAUAUCAGAGAUGGGAUUUACAUGUCUCUAUGUAAAAUGCUAGUCAGUUACAAGUGCAUCUCGUGCAGCAAUUACAGUAGUCAGAUAAUGUGUGCUAAAAACCAAUAUGAAAAUAUGUAAGUAUGCAAAUAAGCUUGUGAAUUAUUUUAUUUAGUACUAUUCAUCUACUUUUCAGUUCUGUAAUAAAUGUUAUUGUGUCGGCGUUUUCCUUGUUGCAA